AUGGCUUCUCAACCCACCCCCAGCCCCCAGGCGGCCAACCUGGACCGCUACGUUGUAAUCCAUGUGGCUACCACCUGCGACGAGCACGGCGUGUAUGUUACCAAAGACUCUGCCGAGGUCAUUGAGCUCGGUUGGAUCCUGCUCGAUGCAAAGUCGUGCGAGGAGCUCCAUCGUGAGUCGGUCCUCGUCAAGCCGGUCAACACGCCAAUCACGGCCCUAUGCACCAGCUUGACGACCCUCACAUGGGACCAGGUUCGCAACGCCGGUUCCUUCCGCGACGCCGUCGACCGUUUCAGUAACUUUUACAACGAGCACAUCGGGCCUAAGAACCUCGAAUUCGCAUUCGUGACCCUAGAUUCCUGGGACCUCCGCGUCCAGCUCCCUCGCGAAGCCCGCGACAAGGCCGUCGUUCUUCCUCCCUACCUACAGCACUCCCGCACCUUCGACCUCCGCACAGAAUACCAGAGGUGGCAGGCACACCACCCAGAGUCGCUUCCGUUUGGCUCCAGCGCCUUGACAAACAUCUGUGCGGCGCUUGAGGUGGAGCCUGUCCAGUCGUCGGCCCCCAUCAAGCACAACCUGCCCUUUCACUUGCAAGCCCUCGCGCCCGCCUCGCCCCGCCGGGCCAUGGAAGAGGCUGUCACGCUUGCUCGCGUGCUUCGCGGUCUUAUUCGCAAGUCGCAACCACCCCAGGACCACCCCGACGUCUUGACUAAACCCAUGGAUGCCCGCGCCGACGUUCGCGCUUUCUUGUCGGAGCGAAGCAAGGUUCUGCACAUGAGCGGCCUUCCGCACGACACUACGCAGUCGGAAUUAGAGAGCUGGUUUACCCAAUUUGGCGGACGUCCAAUUGCGUUCUGGACCCUCCGCACUCCUGACCAGCACAAGCCCACCGGAACUGGCUUUGCGAUCUUCUCAUCCCACGAAGAGGCUGCGGAAUCGCUCUGCAUGAACGGACGCGCUCUAAACGAGAAGGCCAUCGAGGUCUCGCCGUCCUCAAGCCGUGUCAUUGACCGCGCUGGCGACAUCAUCGUCCCCUUCCCUCCUAGCAAGAAUCGUCCUCGUCCCGGUGACUGGAACUGCCCCUCGUGUGGCUUCUCCAACUUCCAGCGUCGUACCGCCUGCUUCCGAUGCUCUUUCCCCGCCAUGCAGCAGGGCCCACCAGGUGGUGAUCCCAUGGCUUACGGCGGUUACGGAUAUGGUGGUCACCCUGGCAUGAUGGGCCCCCCUCAACACCACAUGGGUCAUGGCCACGGCCACGGAAUGGGUGGCGGACAUAUGCGCGGUGGCACCGGCGCUGUGCCCUUUAGGGCUGGAGACUGGAAGUGCGGAGAGAACGGCUGUGGAUACCACAACUUCGCGAAGAACACCGCGUGUCUCCGCUGCGGUGCGAGCCGUGCAGGUGCCGCCGUGGUGGCUGACUCUGCCUUCCCUUCGCCCAUGGAUACUCCUUCCGGCUUCGGCAUGGGACCUCCCUCCAUGGGUGGCACUCCCGGCGGCGGUCCUUACGGUCCAGCUGGCUACGGUGGUGGUGGCUUCCCAGCUCAACAGUACGGCGGUCCUCCGAGCUCUUACGCUCUGCCAUCCGGUAUGGGCGCCGCUAGCCCUUACCCUCCUAUGGGUGCGCAGUACGUGCCCAACGGCGGCAUGCACUCCACUCCCUUCGACAGUCGCUCAGCUGAAGCCGCAUUCUCUUCUGCCGACCCCUACCCCAGCCAGGGUGCCGUCAACGGUGGUGAUGGUCGCAACGAUCCCUUCGCUUUCCUUUCGAGUGGCUUCGGGUCUCUUUCUAUGAACGACGACCGCCGCAACGUUUCUAACCCCGCAAACAAGUCACCAGCAUAA